AUGCUUCUAUUUAAAUUGUUGUUUGACACAUUCUUCCUAAUUCUAUCUGUCGAUGCGCUGCAGCACGAAACGAAUUUAAGCGCCACCAAUCCACCCGGAGCAGCUUGUGCCAAAGCGUGUGGAGAACUAUCUUCCGAGUUUGGACCAAAUCUACACUAUUCGAAUGAUCGAAAUUUUACGGUUUGGGACGCCAAACAACAGGAAGUUGAAUCCGCCUGCCACGUGGAGCCAUCCACUUCCCAAGAUGUCAGCAAGAUCCUGAGUAUUUUGGUCAAUCAUUGGUGUCGAUUCGCAGUCAAGGGUGGAGGUCAUGCUCGCAAUCCAGAUGACUCGGUAUCAGUUGGCGGCGUGACGAUCGACAUGCACUUGAUGAAAUCCCUCCAAGUGGCCCCUGAUCGGAAGACGGUAAUUCUUGGUAGCGGCCAUGUGCUUUAUACGAUGUAUCAUGGCCUCGAAGCAUUUAAUCUGACCACAAUCGGUGGUCGGGUCGCUGAUGUCGGCCUUGGUGGUUAUGCCUUGGGCGGAGGUAUUUCUAAUCUAUCACCCAAGUAUGGCUUGGCCGUCGACAAUAUCUUCGAAUAUGAGGACGGAAAGAUUGUUCUGCCAAAUGCGACAAUUGUGCAUGUCAGUGAACAACAGAAUUCUGAUCUCUACUUUGCACUCCGAGGCGGGAUGAAUAAUUUUGGCAUUGUGACGCGAUACACUAUGCGUGCAGUUCCUCAAGAGAUGAUUCUGGGUGGCGACAAGACCUAUAGCUCGAACCAAAGAGACAUAAUCGCCCACAGCGCUUUUGAACUUACUACCAUUUGGAAGAAUGACACCGACAUGGCAUUCUCCUAUGGUUACAGCUUUGAUCAAGCAUCCGAUAAUUUUUCCCUUAGUUUCACGCAUGCAUAUGCGCGACCGGUUCUCCACCCAGCUCCCUUUACCCAGCUUGAAACGAUUCCAUACGAAUCAAGUACAGUGCGCAUUGAUCGAAUGAGUAACCUGUCUAUGGAAGGCGCUUCUCACACGCCUUCUGGGAGUCGUAACCUUUUUGCUACCAUGACAUAUCAUCCUUCCGCGAAAAUGGACCGACGCAUCAUGGAAAUUAUGGCGGAAGAGAUUAAGCCAAUCAGGCAACUGGCAGGAUUUUUCCCCAACGUGAUUUUCCAACCUCUUUACGGAGGUGUGAUCCGCGCAGGUCAUGAAAGAGGUGGGAAUGCUCUUGGGAUCAAUGCCGAUGGGCCCCUGACCAUCUGUCUUUUGACAGUGAUGUGGAAUGAUCGACAGGAUGACGAUGCUGUGAAUGCCUUUGUCCAAAGGUGGAUCGAGCGUGCACAAACCGCUACCGUACAAUCGGGAAGCCACCAUCGCUGGCUUUACAUCAACUAUGCUUACCACCAACAAGAUCCCUUCUCUGGAUAUGGUGAACACAACAAACAAAAGUUGAUUGAUGUGCAAAGGGUGAUUGACCGGCGGGGAGUGUUUACCUCUCGAGGCUUAUGUAGAGGUUAUUUCAAAUUGCUAUAA